AUCGUAGUGUGUUUUUGUCAACUUCGGCUAAUGAUUUUGUCCUUUUAAACAUCAUUUGUAUACACAUAUCCGGCAAUAAUGACACGUAUUGCGAGGAAGCGGCACCACAAGGGUUAUACCCACAUCCAGAAAAAGUACAGAACGCGACGGAAAACGAAGGAUUUGGACCAGAUUGACAAAGACCUACAACCGGCAGAAUCGCAGAAAUUAUUGAAUCAAGACGUCGACCACGAUAAACCGGGAUCUGCCCAACAUUACUGCCUUCAUUGCGCGAGAUAUUUCAUCGACUUGAAAGCACUCAAGGAUCAUUUCAGAUCAAAGCUACACAAAAGAAGAAUGAAAGCUCUUGAAGUUGAACCAUACACACAGAAAGAGGCUGAUGCAGCGGGAGGCUUGGGAACGUAUCACCCUCCAAAACGAAGAAAAAUCACCACCCAGGAGAUAGUGGAAGAUGCCAAAAUGGAUCAGUCAGAAGUAUCGGAAGUCAAGCAGGACAAGUAGAUAGGGACAUUCUAUUCUGGGAUGAGGGGUGAAGCUUGACAGGUCAUGGAAGGUCAUCAGCAAGAAAGAAGGGAAAGGGAAAAUGAGCAGUCAAAUAUUCUUGUAAGUCUUCCUUACACACAAUAACAAACUGAGAUCACAUCAAGGACAUAUAGUUGAAAAAAGAUUGUAUGUAUUAUAUCAGCUUCAAGCGAUCCUGUGGUAUCAUGGCACUUUAUGUGCUUUCACUUUCAAAAAUAAAUGUGAAUUUUCCAACAAUUUUUGGCUGACCAAUCUUUAAAAAUAGACUAGUUCCCAACCGGAGAAUUCCCAGCUGUCUAUAAAUUGCUCGGUUUUGUCGAAAGUAUGAUCAAGGAACCAGACUACUAGAACAGCAUGUUCUUCUCUCUGCGGUAUUUUUUACCGGCACACUUUAAAAUAGUGACCCAACUCCAUUUGUUUGUAAAUAACAGCAAAAGCAAGCCAUGUAUAUACUACCUUUCAUAUACUUGAUUGAUUUAGUCAAAUAAAAUCACACGUAACCCAUAUUGAUGUUCAUUGAGAGGACUGAGCUAGUCUAGGCUAUUAUCAAUCCCUGAGGUACAAACCAAAUACACUGGGAGCUGUCACUGGGAAAUCACUAUAAUGUCGGUUAUUUUAAUUAUUUACACUUCACUGAGCCAAUUAAAUCUCACGAUGGCCAUUGUCUGAAAAGUUUAUAGCCUAUAAGCGCCAUCUUAAAAAUAAACUGAAAUGCGUCUUGGAACCGAGUACAGCAAAAACACAAACAUCAAGCUGUCAAGAUGGACGCCAUUGUUUCAAAAUCAGCGCGCCAUGACGGUUGCCGGUUUUGCGUGGACUCGGGUUUCAUGCAUAUGGGCUAUUGGCUGAUGAGAAAAAGAGUUGAUAUAAAUUUGCUGCUUGAUCACAAGAUCUUCAGACACUAAAUUAGAAAUAAAAUUAUAUAAAAUAUCUCUUUCUGAA